UGAUUGGCUACGGUGGCGGCCGAGGCGGCUUCCGGCAGGGGGCGGUGAGAGGAGAAGCAAUAUGGCGGCGGGGAGUGGAGCGGGACCGCAGGAGAUGAUGGAGGUCUUCUUCCCAGAUUGUUGGUUUUAGGAAGAUGUGAUGGGAGGAAAAAGUGCAUCCAAAAUCAAAGUAGAAACAAGGGUGGAUAAACGGAUUGAGUCUGAGGAGUCGGGGGACGAAGAAGGGAAGAAGCAGGCAGUGCGCUUAGUGACAGACCUCAGCCAGCAGAGCCUGAGGGAUGAGCAGAACGGCGAGAACUCUGCAGGUUGGAAUGCCCAGGCAAAAGCAAACUCAGCAAAGGAAAUGAUGGUUGGAGGAGGAGUAGAGACAAUUUUGAAUCGUGUUAUCUUCAGAGGGAUGCUGGCUGUAACUGUAAAGAAAAAGGAGUCCUGCCCAGGAGAAGCAGAGACACCAGUUGACAUGGAGACAAUUAACCUGGACCCAGAAGCUGAGGAUGUUGACUUGAAUCAUUUCCGAAUUGGCAAGAUUGAAGGAUUUGAGGUUCUCAAGAAAGUGAAGACUCUGUGUCUCCGUCAGAAUUUGAUUAAGCGCAUUGAAAACCUGGACCAGUUGCAGACCUUGCGGGAACUGGAUCUUUAUGACAAUCAGAUUCGGAAGAUUGAGAACUUGGAGUAUCUGGUGGAACUUGAGAUCCUGGACAUCUCCUUUAACAUUCUGCGACACAUUGAAGGACUAGAUCGGCUCACUCAACUUAAAAAGCUCUUCCUUGUCAACAAUAAAAUCAACAAAAUUGAGAAUCUGAGCAACUUGCAGAUGCUACAGAUGUUGGAGUUGGGAUCAAAUCGAAUUCGGGCAAUUGAAAACAUUGACACCUUGGCCAAUCUUGACAGUCUUUUCCUUGGAAAGAAUAAAAUCACCAAGCUCCAGAACCUGGAUGCGCUGACAAACCUGACGGUGCUCAGCAUACAGAAUAACCGCCUGACCAAGAUCGAGGGGCUGCAGUGCUUGGUGAACCUGCGCGAGCUGUACCUCAGCCACAAUGGCAUCGAAGUCAUCGAGGGACUGGAGAACAAUAACAAACUCACGAUGCUGGAUGUUGCAUCCAACAGAAUCAAGAGGAUUGAGAACAUCAGUCACCUAACAGAGCUGCAGGAGUUCUGGAUGAAUGACAACUUAGUGGAGAGCUGGAGUGACCUGGAUGAACUGAAAGGAGCCAAACAUUUGGAAACUGUGUAUCUGGAGAGAAAUCCCUUGCAGAAGGAUCCCCAGUACCGGCGCAAAAUCAUGCUGGCCCUCCCCACUGUCCGGCAGAUUGAUGCCACCUUUGUUCGAUUCUAAACCUCCUGCUGUCUUCUCCACUGGCCUCCUUGGAGAGGCCCUCCCAGCUGGGUUUUUUUAUCCACCUAACCACACAGCCCAGGUCUUCAGUACACUGACACUCACAAAGCAGAUGGUCAACAAAAAGCACUGAGUACCAGAUCUUGUGUACAAUGCACUCAUUGUUUUUGAGAUGUUGUUGUUAUUAUUAAAUCUUAAUAUGGAGACUUC